AUGAGAUUGAUGGCAACGGCGAAGAGUGAUGGAGACUGGCAGCAGGACACCAGGAGGGCACGGGGAGGGGCAUUUCUCAGUCCCGCGAGUCGGCUCUCAGUAGUCGUAGUCAGUGGUGAUGCUGGGCAGGUCUGGAUGGAGAGAUGGAUCCGGGGAGAACCUUACAAUCAACAUAAUACCACAUACAACGGCUCUGUCAAGAGGGCAGCUCCUUCCAUGGACUGA